AAAUCUAUAGUGGGAAUAUCUGUAAUCUGAUUGGUUGAGAGUAGCUGUGAACACACUCAAACGUUUAACAACAUCUCAUUUUCAAAAGCGUGACUUGAAUUUUGAGCUUUCGAAAUAUACGUUCGGAAAUCGUGAUAACUUACAUUACAAUGGCUUCGGCUAAUGAAAUCGAUAUAAUAAGUGAACUACAAAAGAAACCCUUUUCUGUUCGACAAUCAGGCGAGCAAAAUAUACUCGUAAAGCAGCGGCCAAUUCCAAAUUUACAAGCGACUGCAGGCAUUUGAAGCUUUCAGGAAAGUUGGUACUCGAAGAAAGAUUGGCUUUGUGGUAGCUCAGAAAAGAAUGCAUUGUUCUGUUGGCCUUGUCUUUUAUUUUGCCCUGGAUCGUCAUCUUCAUGGACGCAGAUGGGAUUCAAAAACAUGAAGAAUUUCCUAUCCGAUUGUAAGAAGCAUGAGAAGGCAAAAUCGCACAUGGGCGCCUACAAGACCUGGAAGACUUACUACGGUUUUCAGCCUCGUAUCGACUGUAUCAUGUCACAAACUAGACGUGAAGAGAUUCAGCGUCAUAACGAGGAGGUUGAUGAGGCAACUGAUGUUUCUACCAAAGAACUAUUCAGUGUAAUUGUUCGAAUGGACAAAGGGGAAAGUGUCAAUGAAAGACAGCUUGGGUUUGUUGAUGUCAGUUGUGAUAGGACUGCAACUGCUAUAUCAUCAGUAGUUAAGGUUGGGAUGAUGAAACGUUAAGUAAGGUUACUGGUUUACUUGGCUACCUUAAUGGCUUCUUGUUUUGUUUCUUGGUACAUGUUUUCCAGAGAAUUCUUGAGCAGUCAUCCAUACUUUAUUCUAUCUUGCAAGACAAGGACACUGUUGAAUAAGUGGGACCACCAGUAACCAGGUAUGACCAACGGCAUAAUUACAAACAAAUGUAUUUUGAAAUUCUUGACACAAUUGUGACUAUGCUUACUGAGUGAUUUCAGGAUAUGGAGCGUUUUAGAUUUUUGACCUUGUUUACCCUAGGGUGUUUAAGAUGUGGAAAGGUGAAGUGCCCUCAGAAAAGAUAAAUCUUCUAAAGGAGGUUUAUGGUGAUAUGUUUGACAUACCAAUGCUAGUUAGCCAACUUUGUUUUAUUUACAGAGAUAAAGACUUUCACUGUGAUUCAUGCGAUGAAUUAUUGAAAUAUAUUUUUCAGUUCCAUUAUCAAUCUAGUAUUCCAGAAAUUGUAAAACUGUUAAAGAUAAAUGGGGUUUUGUCAAUUACAAGUGCUUCAGUUGAGAGGUCAUUUUCUUGUUUGAAGAGGGUAAAAAAU